UGGACUUGGCUCAAGUCAUACCCGACGUCUUGUUUGCGUGCAUCCUAGCUUCAGAAAACUUGGCAGUCCUUGCAUACGUCGAUCGCUGCAAGCGUUGGAAUAAAUCAGAAAGGCUGAACUUUGACAUAGAGUGCUUUACAGCCUAUCUGCACCACGAGCCGCCGCACUACCUACAACCGCUGGCCAGUAUCAUCUAUCUGCCUAGUACGAGGAAGCAGAUAUCCCACGCGACUAGGCAAUCACAGUCAGCGACAAUGGCUGGACGAAUAACGAGCUAGGAGUAUAGUGGCUGAAGCACUUUAACGCUUACACAAAGACUCGCGUUGUUGGUGCGCGUCGCUUGCUCGUCCUUGACGGCCAUGAGAGCCACCACUUUCUUGAGUUUCAAGAGCUCUGCAAGGAGAACAAUAUCUACACGCUCUGCAUGCCGCCUCAUUCAUCUCACCUG